CAAGAGAAUUUAAGUGUGAGCCUUGUUUCUCUGCUCUUAAUCCCUCCUCCUGCUGACAUGUUAAAGGUCUGCUUAAUCAUCCAGCCCUUUCCUCCAAAAUUCACAAAUGCUUCAACCACAUUCACUUAUUUUACAGGGAUUUAUACAAAUGCCAGGAGGUACCUAGCAGUGCCCUACAGGUUUCAUGGCCCCAAUGAAAAAACAAACAAUGCUACAGCCCAGAUGUGACCCAGCGGUGCAGUUUAACCCAUUGAGAAGACAAAGCAGCAGCUUGGAAAGCCACCCCGGGCAUUUUUAACCCCACAGUGGAAGAGCUGAGCACUUAGGGCUGGAGAAAGGCCAGAAGUGAGGGGAGGAUUGGGGCACGAUGAGCCCAAACACAUCUGCACGGGGGUCAGCCCUGUGUAGCCGAACUUGAUGCCUGGGACCAACACUCACGGUGGGAACUCUGGGGAUGGUGACGAUGUCUGCCAGGGGCGCUGGCACACGGGACCUGUUAUGGGAAAUCGAGACACGGGCAUUCUGAGGGAUGCAGGAUGAGGGGUGCAGGUAGCGGAUCACCAAGAAGAAGGGGCCCCUGCGAGGAGCGGUGGGGUGCAGCCGGUGGAAGUGCGCUCCUCGGGCUGGGGUGCGGGUCUGGCUCCCCAGGGAGCUCCGGAGGGGAACCCCCGGUGCCAGCCCGAGGCGCAGGUAGCACCCGCGCCCUGCCCGGCGCUGCGCGGGGCGGGCUCCCGCGGCGGGGCGGUGGCGCCGGGAGGGCCGGGCCGGGAGGCGCGUCCCUCCCCUGGGCCGAUUCUCGGCCAGGCUGUUUAAUAGCGGAGCCGCCCCCGGCCCGCCCCGUUGGAGCCGGCCCGUGCGGCACGGCGCGGCCGGGGCCGGGGCCGGGGCCGCUGCGGGCCAUGGCGGGGGGCGGCGGGGGGGCGGCCCGGCUGCUGGCCGUGCUGCUGGCGGGGCUGCUCGGCGGGGCGCGGGGCUUCGGCGACGAGGAGGAGCGGCGCUGCGACGCCAUCCGCAUCGCCAUGUGCCAGAACCUGGGCUACAAUGUCACCAAGAUGCCCAACCUGGUGGGGCACGAGCUGCAGGCGGACGCGGAGCUGCAGCUCACCACCUUCACCCCCCUCAUCCAGUACGGCUGCUCCAGCCAGCUCCAGUUCUUCCUGUGUUCAGUUUAUGUGCCAAUGUGCACAGAGAAGAUUAACAUCCCCAUAGGUCCCUGUGGAGGUAUGUGCCUCUCUGUCAAAAGAAGAUGUGAACCUGUUUUAAAAGAAUUUGGGUUUGCCUGGCCAGACGCCCUAAACUGCAGCAAAUUCCCACCCCAGAACGAUCACAACCAUAUGUGCAUGGAGGGCCCAGGAGAUGAAGAGGUUCCCCUUCACAGCAAGACCUCCUUGCAGCCUGGAGAAGAGUGCCACGGCAUGGGAUCUAACUCCGAUCAGUACAUUUGGGUGAAGAGAAGCUUGAGCUGUGUCCUGAAGUGUGGCUACGAUGCUGGUCUGUACAGCAGGUCCGCUAAGGAAUUCACAGAUAUCUGGAUGGCCAUAUGGGCCAGUCUUUGCUUCAUCUCGACUGCCUUCACAGUCCUGACUUUCCUGAUUGAUUCAUCCAGAUUUUCCUACCCGGAGCGGCCAAUCAUAUUUUUGAGCAUGUGCUACAAUAUUUAUAGCAUUGCUUAUAUUGUGAGGCUAACUGUGGGCCGGGAAAGGAUAUCCUGUGAUUUUGAAGAGGCAGCAGAACCUGUUCUUAUCCAAGAAGGUCUUAAGAACACAGGAUGUGCGAUAAUUUUCUUGCUGAUGUACUUUUUCGGGAUGGCUAGCUCCAUCUGGUGGGUUAUUCUGACACUGACAUGGUUUCUGGCCGCGGGACUCAAGUGGGGCCACGAAGCAAUCGAAAUGCACAGCUCCUAUUUCCACAUCGCAGCGUGGGCCAUCCCGGCAGUGAAGACCAUCGUUAUUUUGAUUAUGAGACUUGUAGAUGCGGAUGAGCUCACCGGCCUCUGCUAUGUAGGGAACCAGAACCUGGAUGCGCUGACAGGCUUUGUUGUGGCUCCACUUUUUACCUACCUGGUCAUUGGGACUUUAUUCAUUGCAGCAGGACUCGUGGCCUUAUUUAAAAUCAGGUCUAAUCUCCAGAAAGAUGGAACUAAAACUGACAAACUGGAAAGACUGAUGGUCAAAAUUGGGGUCUUUUCAGUGCUGUACACCGUCCCAGCAACGUGUGUCAUUGCCUGUUAUUUCUAUGAAAUCUCCAACUGGGCCAUUUUCCGCUAUUCGGCAGAUGAUUCCAAUAUGGCAGUGGAGAUGCUCAAAAUUUUCAUGUCCCUUCUGGUGGGUAUUACAUCAGGUAUGUGGAUCUGGUCAGCCAAAACUCUGCACACGUGGCAGAAGUGCUCCAACAGACUGGUGAACUCAGGGAAAGUGAAACGGGAGAAGAGAGCAGACGGUUGGGUGAAACCCGGGAAAGGGAACGAGACCGUGGUAUGAGAAAAGGACAGCAUCCUGCUGGUCUCACUGCUCUCCUGUGAAGGACUGAUCCUGUGUAAGCAUUGCUGUGUAAAUUGGGAGUAGAGUAGGGGGAUGGGAGAAAAAAAAAAAGCCUUAAAGAAUAAACAGCAAAAAGAUCAUGCUGCAGAUACAAAAACAAUAGCCAUAAACCAUGCUGCCCAAAAUAGGAGAGCCCAGGGAGGCUUUAAAAGCUGUGAAAUACCCAAACAUGUUAUCUUCCUUCUUUUUUUUUUUUUUUUUUUUUUUUUUUUUUUUUUUUUUUUUUUUUUUUACCAGGAUGCAGUUACUGAAGUCUUGAAGUCUUUAGAAGCGGAGGUGCUGUAGCCCAUAGCUGUGGGAUGAUGUUUUCCUUUCAUCAUCUUACAGCUAAUGGAAGAAAGGCAGUCCAGGGCCAAAUUCUGGGCUUAAUUAAGGUCCAGUUAUCAAGUUACCAGAAGAUGGAGCACCCAGGAUCUCAGUCAGAUGUCUUCUUUCUGAGUUCAGCAUUGAGAUGGAAGCAUUUGAUGAGGAUUCUCUCUUUAUGGGGGAAUUCUGGUGUUCCAAUACACUGUGCAAUUCAGUCAGGGAUCACAUCCUGAAACAAAUAGCAAAUGGACUUUCCAGAUCUUCCCUGUGAUGAGUAGGAUUUAGUGAGGUAUUAGUGAGGAUGACUUUUCAGUCAUCUAAUGGUCUAAUAAUAAUUUUGACUCAUUCUUUUUGCCAUUUAUAACCUGGUCUAAAUGGAGAGUUGAUUAUGCCUUGUGGGAAUUUCAACCUCCCUGUGUUUCUUCCCACCUCAGUUAUUCUGUGGUUCUAUCAAUAUUUAUAAAAUCUAAAAGCUUUAUUCAAGGCCAUCCUCAGAAGUAGAGGAAUCGGCUCAAAUUGGGAAACUGUAUAUGGUCUUUCACAUCUAUUAUAAUUAUCCCUCUGCCUCCAUUCCUGCCCCUUCAGGUGCUCCUGCUACUUCUAGCAGACCACUUUAUUCUGCUGCAUUUAUUAGCUUUAAAAAAAGUCUUAACUAUAUAGUGUUCCUUCCUCCAGGAAAGAGAAAAAUUAGUUGAAGGUACCCUCAAACAAUGCCAUGUUUCUCCAAGCAAACUUACUUGUCUCUCUUUGGAGACUCAUUGCAUGAAGCAAUUAAAUCUUAAUGUAUUUCAUUCAGUGUGAUGGCAUCUCCUCUGUAGAUGCCAGUCUGUGGAGAAGCAAAAUAUUAAGUUCCUUGGCAACCUCGUAUUCAUACAGCUCAGUUGUAUAAUUAUGUGUGUCAGCUGCAAUUAAAAGAACAUUCUCAGCCCAUGGCAUUGCAGUACAGCUGACGGCCUCACAACGAUUCUUCAAUUGCUCACUGACAGCUAUGGAGACUUUUUUUAAUGUAUAUUUACACACAGAAUGUGAGCAGGCAUUCAGUCCUCAAGAGCAACAAAAACCUUUCCAGUUUUUGUAAAGGGAUCCAAAGAAUCCAACUUCUUGGUGAAUAAUGAUGUUUCAAAGAAACCAUUGUGUUUUCUUAUUCUCUUAUUUGAGGAGGCACCAGCUUGUGCUUGUGGGGAGCCGAAUGUAAUGUGAGGGGCUUGGUAAGAAAGGUGAUACAAAUACAAAUAUCCUAGAAACACUCAAGAGAACACUGUUAUGAUGGUCUAUGCCUUUGAAACACAUUUGAUUUUGUCCUCAAGCUUUUGCUUCCUUUGUUUGUGUGGAAGCUGAUCAGCUGCAAAGCAUCCCCCUGGUGCCCCAACUCCCAUGAUCUUCUAGGGCAGCUAAGAGCAGAUGCUGCUUUAUUAAAGUAGUUGCUUUCCACACAGGUGCCCAUGUGCUUCCCAAACCACAGUUCACUCCAGCUCUGGAAGUGAGCACUAAUCCGUCCCAGAAGCAUGUAUUGUUUCAGUGUCAGUGUCGAAACAUGUGCUAGAGAAAGGCUUUUUUCUUUUACAAACAAAAUCCAGACCCCAAACAAACCCUAAUGGCAGUCUUUGCGGUUGGGCUCCCUCUCCAGCAGAACAAGUGACAACUUGACACAUUCUGCUUAAGACACACAAGCAGUGUCUUGGCCAACACCACAUUCCAGCUGGGCCUUUUCACCCUCUCCAUAAAGUCUCUCGCUGUUAGUGUUGUGUUUGGAUCUGAUUAUUCCUUUGUGGACAAGGAGUUUUGCAAGUGUGAGAUCUUCAGAUGGCUGAGCUUCUCCAUCAUGCAGUCUUUCUGCUGGCGCAGCGAGGAAUGGAAAGUCAGCAGCUGUAUGUUGGCUUUCAAGGAGCAAGGAUGCAGUAUGACCCUUUUUUGUAUCCUACUUGUUUGGCUGUGCCAAGGUGUCAUGUUCACUCAAGGUUUGCUUCACUCUGAAACACUUUGGAUAAUCUCCUGGCCAAUAAGACCCAUGUUUGAGGAGACUGAUUCAAUAAAUGGCAUUUUUAACCUUGUUAUGUACACGGAAGUGAAUGGUAAAUAGUGCCUUUUUAUCAAAUCCUUGCAUCUCUGUCUGUGAUCCUGUGAACUGUUGACAGAGGGAUGCCCCUGAUGAUGUGAGGCACAGUGAGCUGGAUGAGGAUGGCACUGUGUAGCCCUAGGAGGGACUGGAGGGAUAUUCCAUUAAAGCAUGUGAGGGAUCCAAAUGCUAUGGGAAAGAGGUGGGCUGGCGGGAGGCAAGGCACCAGCUGCUGUUCCUGAAGAGACAUCUUUCCCCAGCAGCUGGGGGAACACUGUACUGACCCAAGGUGAAGUGAGUGGUUGCAUCAAUUAAACCAUCCCAUUGGUGUAUUCACCCACGUGCACUUACCGGGCUCCACGUCAGUGCAAGUGGGAAGACGCAGCAGACACCUGAAAACUGGCACUUGCCAAGAGCGGGUAUCAGCAGCUCCUGAGUUCUCUCAUUUCAACAUUGUUAUGAGCUUAAAGCCCAAACGGGUGUGACUAAUCCUGUCUCGGAAGUGCAGUUGCUGUGGUUAUACAACCAGCAACUUUGCAGGCGUUUCCUUCGAUUGCGCAGUCCCUGCUCCCGUCUCCCGUCUCCCCCCUCAGCGUGUGCUCUUGGCACUGCAGGUUCCAGAAGUGUCUGCCAGAGAGGUACAAGCUCAGCUCUUACACGAAACAGACAAGUUAGCUCCUUUCUCUGAAUUUUGAGGAAAUAGACACUGUUUAUUUCGGGGUGUACAGAAAAUAUAUCUACUUCAAUGUAUGUACUGUAAAUUUCUAAUUUAUCACUGUAAAAAAACCAAAACAACUUUUCUAUUUAAUUUUUAUAUCAAAAUAAAACUUUAACCACUGUGGACAACUAAAGAA